GUCAAGUCAGUCAAGCGUUUAUACCUAGUUUUCUUUUGGUUAAAAAAAUAAAGAAACCAUUCAAGCUAAUACAUAAUCAAUUUACGCAUUAUUUUAUGUUAUUAAUGUGAAUUAAGAGAAGAAAGCCAGAAAAAUGGGUCGCAGAUCUAUCAAUACCACGAAAAGUGGUAAAUAUAUGAACCCGACUGAUCAAGCUAGGAAAGAAGCAAGGAAAAAAGAACUAAAGAAAAAUAAAAGACAAAGGCAAAUGGUAAGAGCAGCUGUACUUAAAAUGAAAGAUCCAACACAAAUUCUAGAAGAGUUACAGAAAAUUGAUGAAAUGGAGUAUAAUGUGCUGCAACCAUCACCAUUAAAUGAGAAAGUCUUGAAAGAAAAGAGAAAAAAGCUAAGAGAAACAUUUGAUAGAGUUCUCAAAAUGUAUGAUAAAGAUGAACCAGAGAAAUGGGUGGAGCUGAAACGACAAGAGAUGGAAUAUGACAAGCGGCGGGCACAUCUCAUCUCAUACUAUGAGUCUGUGAAGCAUGCACAGUCUGUGCAAGUUGAUGAUAUUCCUCUGCCGACUAUACAAGUUCCUGAAAAUGUGUUAUAUGGCAACUUACCAUCUCAGAUACCAUUGCCGAUGGACAUAUCUCAGCCAACACCAAAGCCAAUAUUGAAGAACUUUACGAAAGAAUGCCGUCCGGCGGGCGUGGACCCCCCCGGCGUGCCCCCCGGCCCGCCGCCGGACUAUGUCUCCGUUCUACUUGAGUCGGAGAAACUAGAUUAUGUGUACAGGAAGAACAAAGAGCCGGUCAAGGAGAAGUUUCUGCGCUUCUCUGACAUGCCUGACAAUGGACCGCCAGGAGAACCGAACAACUGUGGCUGCGAAGACGUCCCCAGAUCACAAGCAGUCUUGCCACAUGUAAUAAACAACAAUUAUGAUGGGGAAGAAAUCGAACCGCCAAAAAGGGCAUUGACCCCGCCAGCUUUGGCGGCCGCCGCGGUCGCGCCAAAACCUACCUCGCUCCAGCAAAGGAUGUUGGCGCUUUCUGGACAGAAUAUAGACGAUUUCAUGAAGGAAAUGGAGGAGGUGCACAGGAAGAGGGAAAGAGAUAGAGCUGCCGAUUUAAAUGCCAGACUAAGCGCACUGAAACGCACUGGCGGGCGGGACAGCGAUUCUGACAGCGACGGCGAGCCUCUGCCGGAUCUGAUGGAGCCAGUGCUGGAGAUGCGGUCAAUGCCGCCCCCCCUCAUACCAGGGCUCCGUCCUCCGUUGCGGGCGCCGCUGGGGCCCCCGCCAGGGCUUCCCCCAGUGCGCCCACCGGGGCCCCCGGGCCCUCCCCCUGGUCUCCCGCCCCGGGCCCUUCUUCGUCCGCCAGGGCCGCCCCCGGGAGCGCCCCCACGCCUGCUGCGCCCCAUGCAGCCCCCGCCGCCGCCCAAGCCGCUGCCACAACUCUCGGUGUUGUCGGCCGCGCCACAACUCAUAUCGAAGAAGGAUGGCGCACAGGGUGCAACAAUCAGCGCCAAGCCUCAAAUCAGGAAUCUAUCGGCCGACGUCACUCGGUUUGUGCCUUCAGCUUUACGGGUCAAAAGAGAAGACAAAAAAACGAAGCCAGGCUUGAAAACUACGGUACAGCGUGCUGCAGAUAUACCGAAGCAAGUACCGAGCAAGGACGACGCGUACAUGCAGUUCAUGAAGGAGAUGGAGGGCUUGUUAUAGUGUAAAUAUCAAUAAAGUAAGUUUAAUGCA